UCACUUCACGUCCCUGACGUCAUACCUAAUAAUACCCUGUGAUAACAGAAAGACAGAGAUAGCACUAAGGAGAGGAUAUAAAGGGACACACAAGAGUGCGACAAGUAAACAGCCAGCUUGCUGCUAAUCAGGAUCGAACGGUUCCACGACAUGUCUCAGCCAGGAGAGGUGAAGAAGAAGAAGCGUCCACCUGUGAAGGAGGAGGACCUGAAAGGGGCCCGAAGUAAGCUGGGCCUAAAGGGUGAGGCGAAGAGUAAAACCUACGAAGUCAUGGUGGAGUGUGAACGUAUGGGCAAGACGGCUCCGUCCGUGUUUAGUGGAUUGCGUACAGGAACAGAGACGGCACUAGACAAACCCAAAGCUCCAUCAGGAAGCGUCUUCGGCAAGUGAUGAGAUCAAAGAAACGAUCUGCAUUAAAGGGAACCACGGCUGGAAGUCCACUGUGGGCCAGAACUUUAAGAACCAUUUGCAAUAAAAAAGGCUGGUUUAUAGUUAUUGAUUGACUUAACUGGAAUUUGAAAUUACAGAAAUCUUAUUUCUAAAUGUUGAAUGACUUUUUGUAUCAUUUGUAUGUUUUCUAGACAAAUACAAAGGUGUUUGCUUCAUUCUUUUGUUCUCAUUUGAAGUCUAAAUAUUUUAUACAUUAAAAAAAUUGCAAUGAAAAUGUUC